AAGAUUGUGGCGUGUUUGGGGCAACAGACGGAUCGUAUGCUUGAGCUUUCUCCAGGCCGCUUCAGAAUCAGGGACAAACGCGAAUCGGCAUUGGUCUGUCUGAACCCUUACGACAUUUGUCAUGGGAACUUGAUGUGUAUCCUCAAGAAAGCUUGUUUGAAACAGAGCGUCAGAGUUCCUUUUCGAGAUCUGUAUCUUCUAGUGACCAUGGGAAAGCAAACCGCGAGCAGCACUCGGCCGCUCCAGAUUGAUUUUCGGUUGAAUGAGACGACCCUGACUUGCACUUCUCAAAAGGCAAAGCUCGCGCACGACCAAGUGGUGGAGGACAGCAAGAAGGACAUCCUGGGCCUGAAGGACCCCCAAUGGACGUCUUCCACUUACGUUGACAAGAGCAGGUUCCCCAAGCACGAGGCGGACUGCCGACUUUCGGCGACCUUUGGGCUUGCGGGGCACACGGUGCGUGAUCCGGAUAUCCUGUGGUCGCGGCCCGCCCUUCCGGGGCCCUGGAAUGCGAGCACCGAGAUCAACAGGAAGACGCUGAAAAAAACACUAGAAAACAGCAUGCAAGGCGACCACCGCAACACGCUGAAGUGCAGCGCUCACCUGGCGGGCUACGUGGACCCCGCCACGUCGCAGUUGCCGGACGUCCGACGGACGCGCAGCCUGAGCCCCCCCAAGCGGACGUGCCGCUGUCCGGACGCGCAUCCCAACGCGCACGCCGACGACUUUUCGCCAAGGCGGAGGCGGAAAAACAGGUCGGAGUUUGUCAAUUUCUGGGUGCUGAAAAAGGAGCGCCCGUUGUCUGAGCGCUCAAAGAUUCGGACGUCAUACAGGUUGGAUUCCAAGUGUCUCCCGAGUCAGGUCUCGACACACGGCGUGAAGAUAGACAGCAAAAAAUAA